AUGGUAAACAACAACAGAUCAAUUAAGGAUCAUGCUUUUGCUAGUUUUGAAGAUUUUAGACCAAUUAUUACAAGGCCUAGAGUAGAAGCGAAUAACUUUGAGUUGAAGCCCUCACUUUGUCAAAUAGUUCAACAAUCACAGUUUGGGGGAGGUCCUAUUGCGAGUCCACAUGUGCACCUUACACAUUUUCUUGAAAUUAGUGACAUGCUGAAGAUAAAUGGAGUGUUAGAUGAUGCCAUCCGACCAAAGGAUGAUGAGAGUCUCUAUGAAGCUUGGGAGAGAUACAAGGAUCUUCAAAGGAGAUGUCCACAUCAUGGAAUCCCUAAAUGGAUGCUAGUUCAACAUUUCUACAAUGGUGUUUCUCCAGCAAUUAGAGGUAUAAUUGAUGCAUCUUCAGGAGGUGAUCUAAUGGAGAAAUUAGAAGAUGAAGCUUAUUCGGCAUUGAAUAAAAUUGCUUACAACAAUUAUCAAUGGAGUUAUGAAAGAAAUGAAAUGAAGAAGCCAUCAGCUAGUGUGUAUGAGUUAGGCGCCAUGAGUAUGUUCAAUGCCAAAUUUGAUGCUUUGACGAGAAAAAUGGAUAAGUUAAGCAUGAAGGUUGAUUCUUCGAUUAGAGGAUCUAGUUAUAUAGAAGAUGUUGGUGCAGGAAAUAUGCAUUGUAUUAAUGAUUUUCCUUCCUAUGGGCAAGAGUUUGGAAAUGAGCAAGUUGAUUUUGUUGGGAAUUAUAAUCAGAAACUAAAUUUCUUAACUACUCAACAAAAACAAAGAGAAGUGAUUCAACAAUUAACUUCAAGGAUAGAUCAGCUUGCCACUCAUAACAGGAUGUUGGAAAACCAAAUAGCUCAACAAGUAAGCUCUUCUAGCAAAGUACAUGGAAAACUUCCAAGUCAACUAGAGAAUCCUAGAGAACAUUGCAAGGAAGCAAUCCUAAGGAGUGGGAAAAUUGUGGGAGAUGAAAAGAAAGAUGAGGUAGAAGAGGAAAAGAAGAAAGAAGAUGAAGACAAGAAUGAAUCUAUUUCAAAUCAUGAUGAAGUUAAUGAGGAAGCAAACAAAAAGAAGGAAGUUGAAAAAGAAGAAGAGGAAAAGUAUGUGUUUCCACCACCAUACAAGCCACCAUUGCCAUAUCCUCAGAGGUUUCAGAAAGCAAAGCUAGAUAAGCAGUUUGGGAAAUUUUUGAAAGUUUUGAAAAAGUUAUACAUUAACAUCCCAUUUACAGAUGCAAUUUCUCAAAUGCCCUCAUAUGCUAAAUUCUUGAAGGAAAUUUUAUCAAACAAGAGGAGAUUAAAAGAGUAUGAAACUGUGGCAUUAACAAAGGAGUGUAGUGCUCUUUUACAGAAUAAGCUUCCACCGAAGUUAAAGGAUUGA